GGGUUGCUCUGAUUCUUUCACACGUUUGAGAAAUCUGUUAAUCUCCCGUGGCAACCGUUUAACUGUGCUAAACGCCUAGUUGAGACCUAGCGGCGCAUUUAAGAUCAAGCUCGUCCUCAAAGCUGCAGUUUUCAAGCCGAGCACCCCUACCUGCUCCUCUGCUCCUUCAGACUAGCCAGCAGCAACUAGCGAACAUCCGGUGCAACUGCGCCAGGUGUUCCACCAGCUGGUAAAAACGUUGUUAAAGAGUUAAUGUAGGAGCCUUGAUGUGAUGACUUCCUGAAGGAGCUGUUCCAGUAAGAGCAGGAGCUUCUUAAAGAGACAGAGGCCCAAUUUCAAGGCUUUACAUAAAAGCCAUAUUUAAUAAACGCAGCAUUUUUAUAACAACUGAAGGUAACAUAGUUACUUCAUUGCGCUAUGAAAUGGCUCACAUAAUACUGCCCCUUAAAAUUCUUAUUUUUGCACCAAAAGUUGAACUUUAGUGUCCCCGUUUCAGACACAGCUAAGCAAUGGAGCCAGUGCCGACCGUCCCACAGUAUUCCAUCCUGGAAGAGGAAAGUCAAUGCUCCCUGUCCAGAGCAUUGGCCCCAGCCCUGACCCCGACCCCAACUCUGACCCUGACUCCAGCCCCGACCUCUCCUCAGAACUCCUCUCUGGUCGCUGCAGGCACAGAUCUUCUCCACAAGGUGGAAAACAUCCCCACUCGGUUUGAGUCGGCUCCCCAAACAGGCCAUACAAUCUUCAAGGAGCAGCUGUUCUGUUCUUACGAGGUCCACAAGCUGAAUGUUGAUACUACCGCAAUACCACCCUCACCGCCGGCUGCAGAGAUGCUCAGGGAGACCAUCGAUUACGUUCAAAGCAACCAACCAGUGGCGUACAGUCACUUCCCCGGCCUCAUCAGCCCCUUCCAGGGCCCGGUGUGGAACCCACCAAUCAGAGAUUUUCCUCCUGCCGUUUGUCCCAAACCUUGGAACUGUCACGGUUUCGCAUCUCCCGGUACCAUGGUUUUUGGCGGUUUGCCGCCGAUGCACUUUGAACCCAGGGCUCCCGGAAACUCCUGCAUGGUGAACAUGGGUUACCUGCCUCCCCCGCCUCCGUUUAGCUUCAGUUCGGGCCCCUGCAUGGUGAUCAACAUGCCGGAGUUCUGUCACGGCACGUGUUUGCCUCCUCCCCAAAUGUUCGUCGCACCCGAAGGUUAUCCCGGCUGGUGCAUGAGCCUCCCAUUGGAGGCGUUCUACCAGACCUGCAGACCAGUUCUGUAAGGAUGAUAACACAAUGCUAAUCACACAGGGUUUAUGGUCGGUUCCUUAGUGUGCUAAAUCUGGCCCGCAGGGUUUAUAGCAGAAAAGACAACAUGGUGCUGAACGGUACUCAGAUGUUGGAGGACAGGAGGAAGGAAAAAGGUAAGUGAUCAGGAGUUGUUCUGAAAGAGGCCAGGUAUAAAGUCGAGUGAGUUUAUUUGUACCGCUCAACAAAGUGCUUUAAGCCAUAAAAACAUCUGCCACUGUUAAAACAAGCAAUACAUUUUGUCAAGUGCCAUCAUCAAAAUUAUUAAUACACAUUGGAUAUGUUGAUCAAAGUUCCAGAGGUUACAAAUCAAACACGGCUGGUUUUUAAAGGAGCUCAGUGUUUCAGCAGGAUUUUUUGUAGUUUUCUAGAAGUUUGUUCCAGAUUAGAGGGGCGGAAAAACAGAAUGCUGCUUCUCCGUGUUUUGGUUCUGGUUCUGGGGACGCAGAGCAGAACCCGAACCAGAAGACCAUUCACGCCAGAACCGCCCCUCGGUUCUCGCUGUUCUCUCUUCCUCACAGAAGAACACAAAGUUUACCCGCCCGACAAGACCAAGGAACGAGGCAGCCGAGUUUCCCCGACACCUCUGGCCGCUUUUCAGGAUCGGAUGCAAAUGGUAUGGACCUGGGAUGACAGCGAGGACGUCCCCAAUGCCAUCUGUCUCAAGAGAGAAGAAAAUGAGACUCCAGCGACAGAAAUCGGCUCCUUCGUGGAUCAUCAAGACGAUUUGGGCAAUGACACAAACUCGAUCAGAAAUGUAAGCUAUUAACACAUGAACCAGAAUUUUUGGUAUCAAAAAUUUCUUUGAUGCAUUUAUUGAAUGUAUUUAUUUUUUCUUUAAUCAAAGUGAUAGGUGUACUGAUUCAAUAAGGGCUUUUUUUGUUUGUUUGUUUGCUUAUUUAAAGUGUUUUGUGGCAAAUUGCAGAGCUUGUGUGCACGGUCAGCCCUUACAGAGGCUGAAGUCAUGAUAGCCUCUUAAGAAGAUUAAAACUAAAGGUGCUUCAUGUUCAUAGGUUCUGGUAACUUGAAUUUCUUUAAAUCAGGCAGCAUAAUGUGUUCAUUUCGGAGAACUUUGCGCCUACUUUACGCGGGCAAGCAGGUUCUAUUACGGCACAUUCUUUACUUUUUUUAAAAAGUUGUUAAUCACAGUUUAAGAAAAGGAGAGCUACUUUCUCCACGUAGGGAAUGUGAAAAAAGUUGGAGAACUUUUUUCUGCU